CGGAUGAAGAAGGUCCCUCGCCUCUCUCACGCCUCGGUCCCCGGCGCGCGCCUCCACCGGUUCCCGAGACUUCCAGCGCGCUCCGAGGGGCCACUUUGCCUCUAGUCUCGAAAACUGCUCUCAUGGCGGAGGUGAAGGUGAAGGUGCAGCCGCCGGACGCGGAUCCGGUGGAGAUAGAAAACAGAAUUAUAGAAUUAUGCCACCAGUUCCCUCAUGGAAUCACAGACCAAGUAAUUCAGAACGAAAUGCCUCACAUUGAAGCCCAGCAGCGGGCAGUGGCCAUCAAUAGACUGUUGUCCAUGGGUCAGUUGGAUCUUUUGAGGAGUAAUACAGGCCUCUUGUACAGAAUAAAGGAUUCUCAGAAUGCUGGUAAAAUGAAGGGGUCCGAUAACCAGGAAAAACUGGUCUAUCAAAUCAUAGAGGAUGCAGGGAAUAAAGGAAUAUGGAGCAGAGAUAUUCGGUACAAAAGUAACUUGCCGUUAACAGAAAUCAACAAAAUUCUCAAGAACUUGGAAAGUAAAAAGUUAAUUAAAGCCGUGAAGUCUGUAGCAGCUUCCAAAAAGAAGGUUUAUAUGCUCUAUAACUUGCAGCCAGAUCGAUCUGUGACUGGCGGUGCCUGGUACAGUGACCAGGAUUUUGAAUCUGAAUUUGUUGAGGUGCUUAAUCAACAGUGUUUCAAAUUCCUACAAAGCAAGGCAGAGACAGCAAGAGAAAGUAAACAGAAUCCAGUGAUACAAAGAAACAGUUCAUUUGCAUCCUCACAUGAAGUCUGGAAGUACAUCUGUGAGCUGGGCAUCAGCAAGGUAGAGUUGUCCAUGGAGGACAUUGAAACCAUCUUGAACACACUCAUUUAUGAUGGCAAAGUGGAAAUGACUAUCAUUGCUGCGAAGGAAGGCACUGUUGGCAGCGUAGAUGGCCACAUGAAACUGUACAGGGCAGUCAACCCAAUCCUCCCACCUACAGGCGUGGUCCGGGCACCCUGUGGACUCUGCCCCGUUUUUGAGGACUGCCAUGAAGGUGGUGAGAUUUCACCAUCUAAUUGUAUUUACAUGACAGAGUGGCUCGAAUUUUAAUGAGAGCUGUGCACUUUAUGUACAUUUGGCAAACUGAACUUCAUGGAGAGCAAACAAUUCAUGAUGGAAUGUAAAUUUCUUUGAAAGCAUACUUCACAAUAAUGGAUACUGACUUGCUGCUAUGAAAACAUUUAUUUAUGAAGACAGAACACAAAGCAGAUGGAGUUUAAUAAAGUUUAAUUGGGAAGUCUCUUCUUCAGUAAGUAAAAUACCUUGAAGUCUGGAAGACGGGGAGAGAAGCCAGCAAGCCUGUGUUGACCAAGUCCUGAGAUAAAGGCUGGAGCGAGAAGACGCUCACUAGAGUUACUUCAUUGAAAACUCAUCGGGUUUAUCACCACCAUUUGUUUGGUUUUUCUUGGGUUUUGUUGAGAAGAAAUUAUAAGUGGUGCAGGCAGGAAUAGCUGAUGAUGGGCAUGUUUGCCAUCUUGGGGCCUGGGUGGUAAAGUGGGCGUUCCUUUCCCACACCAUCUGUUGCUCUUCACCCCAGUAGGACUCUUUCAGGGGAGUGUGCCUCCACACCCACCUCACUCCCAAAUGCUAUUGUCCAGGACAUGUUUCCACAUCACUGAUAUUCCAUGCUAAAAGAAAUAGUCUCACUGGUUCUUUUUUGUUAGGACUGUAACUUUCUCUGUAUGCCUUAAUUGUAUUAUUUCCUGGAUUGUUUUCCAGAUUCUUA